AUGAGCCACUGCCGGAGCUCGGAGCAAAGAAAUGAAGCGGGUCGCGAGAGCCAAACCGAAUAUUCGCAAGACAGUCGCAGCGAUGUGGGUAACCGGCCACGUCCAGUGCCACAAAGAUCGUGUCCUGGCAGUCAGAAUGCACCGGAGAGUAUGUACAUCCUAAGGAACUGCGAUCGAUGUCAGGAUUACACGGUACAGCCAUGCAGUAAGAAUUGCAAAUGUGCGAAAAGGAGUACUCAGUGCACAGGUCAGUGUGAAAGUGCGGUUCAGGGGAAAUCACAUGUUGCAUCCCAGGAGAGCCUAGCAGAAUCCGUGGGACUGAGGUCAGAAUCAUCAAAGUUUGCACCUGACCCUUAUUCAUAUCGUCGAAUGGGUGGCACUUGCCCGGUUUGCCAACUUUGCGGACAUCAGGAACUCCAUCAACCAGGUCAGAGCAUUUGUCCGCAGUGCAAUGAAAGGGUCCAGGCAGCCGUGGACACUUAUUACGUUCAGUGCAAAGGACAAUGUCAACAGGGGACGGGUCAACCAUGUCCUUAUCAAGCGAAUCCACCGGAUCAACCACAGUCGCAACAGCCUCAGCCACCUGGUCAAUGGCACCAGUUAAAUACCAGUACAUAUGGCGCCCAGCAGAAUGGUGGACAGCCGCUUGGUGAUCAGCCCUUCAACAUCAUUGUUCUUCAAGACUGCAACAAUCAUGCGCUAAUUGAUCAACUAACAACUGCAAUAAAUCGCGGCGGAGGUCAAAUGCAUAUGCCAACGGGAACACAGCCGGAAUACAACUACCCGCAUAACUAUCCUAACCACCCUCACAACCAUAAUCCACUCACUGGCUAUAUAGACUACGAGUAUGUGGACCCCAACCGCAAGUGGUACGAACCGGAAAGGGAAGCUGGGUACGACUACGGAUACGACAUGGGACCUUGGCCAACGGAUCCCUACUCCAACAGAGAUGCAUAUGAAGACGACAGAUACCAGAAUUCCAGUUCUUGCAACAGUUACGACUGUCCCUUUAAAAAUGAGAUGUACCAGCAAGGUCCUUGGGACAAUAGUCAGAUGAAUGUACAGGGUCAUGGCCAAGCCAAUAGUUGCCCCUGCGAGCAUUGCCAAAAAAGUUUCGAGAGCAGUGAUAAGCUGGCCAUGCUGAUUGCCCAGGCGCUUGAGAUAUUCAUCAGCAAUUAUCAUGCCAAAAACGAAACGCAAGAUCCAGAAACAAAGGUUAAAAAAAACAAGAAGAAAGCUAAGAGAAGGCCAGAAUCAGGCAUAAAUAAUACAUUUACAAAACCUUCAACUCCGCAAGAGGAGAGCCUUCAGGUGUCUAAGAACGGGAGCAAAGCGAAGCUUAGUGCGGUACCCUCGCCAAAUUUCAAGUCGAGUUCCAGCCACAGUAACACCUUAAGGACCCCGAAGCCUGCACUCCAUCCAAGCACUUCGCUCCACCGUGAAGCCAGCGUGGAUGAGGAAUCGAUAGGAUCCCAAUCUGUGGGUAAUGUGCAUCACGAUGAGAAGACGAAGACUCCGUUCUUUCUGCCCAACUGCCAGGAGCAUCGCUGCAAGAAAGACUGCAAGGGAGCCUGUUCACGAUCGCCGCAUGAUUGUGGAAGGGGCUGCAAGUCCCACUGCCGCGGACCCUGCUCCAGCUCGAAGGCGGGAGGUGGCGAUGGGCGUGGUCGCGGCAAGGGGUCUUCGAGACAGCGGCACUCCCGCUGCCGGCAGUGCAACCAGGGCGAAGGUCGCCGGUGGCAGGAGAUCGGGUCAACUGAGUGCCCGGAUGGCAAGAACGCGGGGGCAGAUACAGGAUGUACGGGUUGUGGGGCCAGUCGGGAUCGAAAUGAGGGCGGCGGCAAGAACACCCUUCUGGGCCUCAGUCCCAUUGCCCACUACCGACCCGGAAUGCUACAGUUUCCCGUGAACUACCUCCUAAAGGGCACCAAUUUCAGGCGAAGGCUCGUGCGGACCGCCGCCGGAGUGACGCUGCACCAGAAACCCUAUGUGAACAUGGCCAAUGCCAAGGAUCUGCCCCACUUUCCCUGCCACAAGAAGAGUGCCAGUCCAGACUGUCGAACACCCGCUAAAAAGUGGCUCUGAGCUCCAGCCGCGUCUCCGAAACUAUGCAUUGUAGAGCAUCGAAGACCCUUGGGGUUUAUCCUUCGAUCGGUAUAGUGCAUGGGUUCGACCAGGCGCAAAGUGGCUUAUGGUUUUAGUUCUCAAAAUUCUCAAGUCUUCCACUUAUAUAUUCCCCAGAUUCCUUUUGCAAUAAACCAGUUAAUGAUCAACACCAA